UAAAUAUUUUAAUAUUUGAUUAUUUUUAAAUUUUUAAUGUUUACUGUUAAUUAUUUUUGUUCAAAUUAAUUAACGUCGUGAAAGUUGACAAGUAUGAUUUAGUAUAGAUUAUGCAUUUAUUAUAAUAUCUCUACAUUAUUGAAGUGAAUAUAAUUUUUUAUUCGUGGCUAUAUGAUGGACUUAAUACAGCAUUACAGUGGAGACAGCGACGACGAGCAUGAGUAACUAAAUCCGAACAAAAAAUGUUACCAGUCCCUGAAGCUAUUACUAAAAUGUUUGACGGCAAACUGUAUCAUCCAAAGCCAAAUGACAAACCUGAUUCCCACCAAGGACGUACUCGAUUAUUUGAACAUGAGCGUGGUAAUUGGGCCACUUAUGUUUAUAUACCUUGUCCAGAUAUGGAUUUAAUAGAAAUCAUUCAAGAAAAAUUGGUUGAAUUUGGCCUGGAAAUUAUUGAACAUCCCCAUAUCAGUCUUACAAAAACAGUUGUACUACAGUAUCACUGGAUACAACAUUUUAUCAAUGAUAUAAAAUCUAAAUUAUCAACAAUUCUAAGAUUUUCGGUAACUUUUGGAAACUUAGAGGUUUUCUGUAAUGAAAAUUGUAGUAGAACAUUUAUUGGUUUUCUUGCAAAACCUAAGGAAGUUUUAUCUCAAUGUGUUGAUCAACUAGACAAAGUCUUGUCCGAUUAUAACUUAGAAAAAUACUAUGAAGAUCCAAAAUUCCAUCUGAGUGUUGCUUGGUGUUUGGGCGAUCAAUCUAGUCAGCUAAGAUCUAAAUUAAAAUCAUUAGAAUUAGAAAUAGAAGUUGAUACUUGUCGUAGCUUUAAAGUUGAAAAACUAAUGUGUAAAACUGGUAAUAAAACAUAUAAUUUUGAUCUGGUUUAAUAAUAUUUUAAA